GUAUCUGUUAAUUUGGUGUGUGCCAUUGCCACCUCAAUCGCAUCCUUGGUUUCGUCAUCGUUCCUGAAGAGCUGGGUUGCUUGCUUGCUUGCUUGCUUUGGGAGGCCCCUCCUCCUUCUUCAUUGCUGGCCUCGACCUCGUCUUCUGCGGUUGAGAAUUGGACCGGUCCUUUUCUUGUCGGUAAGAGUUAUUCGUUCUCCUCUUUCGCAUUCGCAGAAGCUUUAAGCAAAAGAAUGGAGGGGUUAUGUAACACCGCCCUCCCUCACCAGCUAUUGUCAAGACCCUUCGCUUUUAGCCCGGCAAAAUCGCUUCUCGCUCUACCCUUCUCGUGCUUGAACUUGAGAAGCGGGGUUCUCCACCAGAAACCCGAGACGGGUCCUUCGUCGAGAAACUGCUCGUGUUUGAGUUUGAGUAGAGAUGGUGGGGAUGGCGUUGCGACCUCCACUGAUGUUAAAGAUGACUGGGAGCUGGAAUUGCUUGGUGAGAUUGACCCUUUGGGCUUUCAAUCCCCUAAAAAGAGGAAGAAACAGGACAAGUCUAAGCUGUUGCGCGACACCGAUGCUAUGGAGUGGUGUGUGAGGGCUAGAAAGGUUGCUCUUAAGGGGAUUGAGGCUCGGGGGCUUUCUCGUACUAUGGAAGAUUUGGUUUCCGUUAAGAAGAAGAAGAAGAAUAAGAAUAAGAAGAGAAACGGCGGUAAGAAGCUCGGGAACAAGUCGAAAACCGAUAAAGAGGACGGGAUUGAUAGCGAUGGAGAAUGGGACUUGGAUGUGGAUGAAGAUGUGGAAUUGGAAGACAUUGAGGAUUUGGGUAUUGAUGACUUGAGUAAGACUGUGAGUACAAUCGCCGGUGGGAUGUUCCAGGAGAAGAAGGGGAAAACAAAGGCAGAGUUUGUCCAGAGGCUAUCCCAAUUCUCGGAGGCAUCGUCGGACCGCAGGAAAGAAGUUAACUUGAACAGAGAUAUCGUAGAAGCGCAGACUGCUGAAGAAGUUCUCGAGAUAACUGCAGAUAUGAUCGUGGCGGUCAGGAAAGGCUUGAGCCCUUCCCCUCUGUCCCCCUUGAACAUUGCUACUGCGCUACAUCGAAUCGCCAAGAAUAUGGAGAAAGUCUCGAUGAUGAGCAACCGCAGGUUAGCAUUUGCCCGGCAGCGGGAGAUGUCGAUUCUUGUGGGUCUUGCAAUGAUGGCCUUACCGGAAUGCUCGGCUCAAGGUAUAUCAAAUAUUUCGUGGGCGUUAUCUAAAAUUGGAGGGGAAUUGCUUUACAUUUCAGAAAUGGAUAGGAUAGCAGAGGUGGCCUUGGCCAAGGUAGGGGAGUUCAAUUCUCAGAACGUGGCAAAUAUCGCUGGCGCUUUUGCUUUGAUGCAACAUUCUGCUCCUGAUCUUUUUCCGGAAUUGUCUAAGAGAGCAUCCGAUAUUAUUCACACUUUUCGAGAGCAGGAACUUGCUCAGCUUUUGUGGGCCUUUGCUUCUUUAAAUGAACCUGCUGAUCCUUUCCUGGAAUCUCUGGACAAUGUCUUUAGGAAUGCCAACCAAUUCGAGUUCUGCUCUCGCAAGGAAGUUGGUAAGAAUAAUGAAAUUAUCGGCAAGGCAGACAUAUUGGAUCUUGAGAUAGAUGGAGUGCUGGACUCUCCUAAUCUGAACCUAAGUAGAGAUCAGCUGGGUAACAUAGCUUGGUCCUAUGCAGUUCUUGGACAACUGGACCGUAUGUUCUUUUCCCACAUAUGGAAAACUUUGUGCUACUUCGAGGAGCAGAGGAUCUCAGAACAAUUCAGGGAAGAUAUCAUGUUUGCUUCUCAGGUUCAUCUUGUCAAUCAGUGCUUGAAGCUGGAGUACCCACAUCUUUGUUUGUGCCUUCCUAAUGAUCUCGAGGAGAAAGUUGGUCGAGCAGGAAAAACUAAAAGGUUUAAUCAGAAAGUUACCUCAUCAUUUCAGAAAGAAGUCGCGCGUCUCCUGGUAAGCACCGGCCUUCAUUGGGUUAGAGAAUACGUUGUUGAUGGAUACACAUUGGAUGCUGUGUUGGUUGAUAAGAAAGUAGCAUUGGAGAUUGAUGGACCAACCCAUUUCUCAAGAAAUAGUGGAGUACCCUUGGGACAUACAAUGCUUAAGCGUCGGUAUAUUGCUGCAGCUGGUUGGAAUCUCGUUUCUUUAUCUUAUCAAGAGUGGGAGGAACUUCGGGGUGAGUAUGAGCAGCUAGACUUCCUGAGGGGACUUCUUGAAGAUCAUAUAAAUUGAGCCAAAAUUCACGCAGCAUAGGCGCUGCUGCAGGCAAGGCUUUCAUCAAGAGCUCUCUGAAGAAGAGGUAUCGGUAGCAUUAUUAUUGCCUUGACAUUCAGGCAAAAGAUUUUGGCUCUGCUCCCUGAGACAUGAUUGGGAGAGAGGGGCCAGUUACACCAUUUGGAGAAACCCCGUCAACAAGCAAGGAUGAACUGCCCACCUUAAGAAGAACAGAAGAGAUCACAGUUACCACGACAACUGGGUAUGCCAACCCGUUGUCUUCCAUCCGACUGUCCUAAUUUUCAGUAGAGAUGGGAAAUGUUAUCAUCAGAUCCUACACGAGUAGUAGACAAGGAAGUCCUGAGAUCAGAUAAAUAGUUUCAGUUUCAUCUGUAUAUGUCCGAGUGCUGUAUCGAUAACUGGCUGAUGUCCUACCAUCUGCAUGGGUUGCCUAGUGGCAUAGAUUAUGCUUGCCAGACCAGACUAGGCAUUGGCAGGACGAGCCUGUAAAAUCAUCCUUUUACUAGCAGUGGGGGGGAAUGCAUUGGCUUUGUUGUCAGCCCUGCAAUUGCAUCGUUCCGGCGUGUAGCCGCUUUACCAGUUAACAUGCAGACGACCACUUGCACAUUGUAUUGUUUAUUUGAUGGGGGAUGGACUUCUUU